AUGGCCUCGCCCUCUACGACUUCCUCCCGCCUCCGCAAAACCUUCCGCUAUCCCGAUUCCGACGACGAUGACGAAGAUCUCGACGAAGAACACCAGGAACGACUGAUUGAAGAGCUGAGAGCGGAAGAUCGGCGGAGGAAUGAAUUCUACAGAAAAGCAUUCACGGCUAUACCAUUCCUCGCGACGCUGUUCCUCCUGUGGUACUUGGUGACGGGCAGGACCGCGAGGGAGCGGACACUUGCGGUGGUGGGGAUGAGUAGUCUCUGGGCUACCGGGUGGGUGAUCUGGCGGACACCGGUUGUUGAUGAGAAGCGCGAAAGGAGGAAUAGUGUGGUCGUCGUGGAGAGUCCGUUGGAGAAGUACCUCCCUGUCAUGAAUGGGGUUCUGAGUGGUGUGCUGGGUUUGGCGGGGGUUGUGAGUUGGAGGCAAGGGAGGGUGGAAGAGGCGAUGAUGGGAAUUCUUCCUGCGGCUAUUUUGGGGCUGGGAGUCUUUGUGCGGUGGCAGUUGAGGAGUGUGGAUCUUGGGGAUCUGGAAGGGAGGAAGUAUGGGUUGAAGGGGGCUUGA